AUGGCGGACGAAAUCCAGUCCCUGCAGGUCAACAAGACCUGGGAGCUCACUGACCUCCCGCCAGGCAGGAAGGCCCUACGAGUGAAGUGGGUUUAUAGGCUGAAAAGAGGGACCGACGGCCAAAUCGUCCGCCAUAAGGCCAGAUUCGUUGCAAAGGGCUACGAGCAACAGGAAGGCAUCGACUAUAGCGAAACCUUCGCCUCAGUGGUCAGGCCAGAAAGCUACAGAACAAUUUUCGCCAUAGCCGCCGCUGAAGACCUAGCAGCGCUCCUAAUAGUGCAGACCGUUUAG